CUGGUGAACGUGGGAAAGCCUCAGCAAAAAGCAGACCUAAUACUGAAACAAAAGUGGGAAAAGAGAGCCAGGAACCAUUAAUAAAACGGGAGCUUGACGAAUGUACAUCAUGCUGUGAUACCCAACGAGAAUGAAAGUAUUGAAAAAAUAAUAUGAAGCGUGUCCCUGGAAACUUGUGUGCUGCUUACAAACACUACUUUAAUCAGUAAAUCAAGCUCGCUGAUCUUGGAAUUAUAGACUUAAAAUUUGCUGUGAUUAUUUGGCUGCUGGCUAGGAUAACUGGAUACAUGUAUUGAUCUUGGGAUUUCUUGUUUACUUCGGAGAAGGAGACACAGGAACGUCUGUUCCAAACAUGCUCUAUGGAAUGAUAAUAGUUUGGUAGGAGUAGGAGAAUACUUUCCUGGAGAGAGGGAUAAAAGACAAACAGACUGGAUCUUUCCUCUUCUGACUUAGAACAAUGGUUUUGCAUUUGUUUCUGCCUUUUGUGUUCUUUUUCUCCUUGCUUUUAGUUAAAACUGGAGCAGUUCUUGAUGUCACCUUGGUGUCACUUGGAACCCGUGCAACAGACUUUUCCUUGCGGUGUGUGACAGGGGAACGAGAUAUGCAUGGCUCAGACCUGCAUAUAAGGCGAGAUAACAGUAUUGUACGUACUACACCCAAAACACAAUUUAAAAUUGCCUCUGGUUCAAAUGAUGUGCGUGCUCAUGGAUUUGUAAUAAAUGAACUAGUUGGGGUCCUCAUCUGUACUGGAAAAGGGCCUGCUGAGCAGACUGAAAUACUCUACGUAAAUAACUUCCCAAAUGCUGAUCUGAUUCCAGUCAAAGUUACUGUGACAGUAAGUGUAAACAGUGAUGUAACGUUGGAAGCUAAGAUAAACAGGCAUGAACUUGCAGACAUCUUAUGGAAAUACAAUGGAACCAUGUUUCACACCACCUACAAAGGGGAAGUGACUGAUAAAACUGCCCAACUAAACAUGCAGGCGGUGAAAGUAUCUCAUGCAGGGAUUUACAGUGCUGGUUUCAUGGGAGCAAGCCCUCUCAACAAUGCCUUCUUUCGGCUCAUUGUCAGAGGAUGUCCAGAUAAUAAAUGGGGCCCAUCCUGUCAGAAGGAUUGUCGUGAGUGUUUAAAUGGUGGAAUAUGUCACGACAGCAGUGGAGAGUGUAUAUGCGCUCCAGGUUUUAUGGGAACACGAUGUGAGAAGGCCUGCAGAGAAGGAAACUUUGGCAGAAACUGCCAGGAAAUGUGUAAGGGGGAGCAUGGCUGCAGAGGGCGUACCUUUUGUCUUCCAGAUCCAUACGGCUGCUCCUGUGGAAGUGGUUGGACAGGUUCACAUUGUCAGAAAUCUUGUCCUCCUGAGAAAUAUGGGGCAAAUUGUGCCUUGCAUUGUCAGUGUAAAAAUGGUGGCUCUUGCAACAGUUUUAGUGGCUGUUUAUGCCCUUCAGGAUGGCAUGGACAGCACUGUGAGAAAUCAGACAGGAUACCCAAGAUCAUAGAUCUUCCAAAUGCAGUUGAGUUUAAUUUGAAUUCCACUGCGGUAUUAACCUGUGCAUCUUCUGGCAACCCUCAGCCCUCCCGUGAAAGCAUUGAGCUUCGCCGUCCUGAUGGCUCUGUAUUGGCUGCUAGUAAAGCAGUGUUAGAUCGGGAGCGCAGUACGUGUGAGUUCACUGUGCAGUCACUUACUCUGACAGACAAUGGGUUGUGGGAAUGCCGUGUAUUCACUACUGGUGGACAAGACAGUCGCAAAUUCCAAGUUUAUGUUAAAGUACCGCCUAAGCCUAUAGAGCCACCACUUUUGUUGGAUCGACAGAGUCAACAACUGACCCUUGCUCCACUGCGCACUUUUUAUGGUGAUGGACCCAUCAAAUCAAUCAAACUACUUUACAAAUCUAGGGAUAGUGAUUCUCCAUGGGAGCAUAUUAUAGUGAAACAGAAAGAAAAUAUCACUCUACAGAAACUGAAACCUGUAACCACAUAUCUGAUACAAGCACAGUUGAGCCGGCCAGGUCCAGGAGGAGAAGGCCCAUUAGGACCAUUGGCUGUCAUGGAGACUGACUGCCAGGAGCCAACAGUGAAACCAGUCAUUAAGGGUCAUGCAGUGGAAGAUACAAAUACAUUGUACAUCAGUUGGAACCUGCCUUUAAGUUCAGUUAUUGGUAAUGGCUUCCUGCUGCGAAUUUAUCAUCCAGAAAACCAUCUUAUUCGGCAGGAGAAUAUCACAAAUAUGAAUGUGCUGUCUAGAAAAGUCUAUGGCCUAAGCACCAAUAAAGAAUACACUUUGAGGGUCCUCAUAUACCACUGCAGUAAUUUAGGGCCUCCUUCAGAACCUUUUGUGGUCACCAUCAACAGCAAGGAGAUAGGGAGUCAACCACCAAGCAUGGAAAGCCGGAACCCUCGUCCUUCUGGGUCAGGUCACCAGCUCAUCCUGGCCAUAAUUGGCUCUGUGUCAAUCACAUGCUUCACUAUCAUCCUCGCCCUGCUUGCUCUCUUCUGUAUUAAAAAGAAUUUUUUCCACCGUAGAAGAAUGUUCACCUACCAGUCAGGAUCAGGAGAGGAAACCAUUUUGCAGUUCAGUUCUGGAACACUGACCCUCAGUCGUCACCCAAGGCCCCAGAUAGAGCCUUUCUCGUAUCCUGUUUUGGUAUGGGAGGACAUCAAAUUUGAAGAUGUAAUCGGAGAGGGGAAUUUUGGUCAAGUCAUUAAAGCCAUGAUUAAAAAGGAUGGACAGAAGAUGAAUGCAGCUGUCAAAAUGCUAAAAGAAUUUGCAUCUGAAAAUGAUCACAGGGACUUUGCAGGGGAACUGGAAGUCUUAUGUAAACUGGGUCAUCACCCUAAUGUCAUCAACCUUCUGGGAGCCUGUGAGAACAGAGGCUACCUCUAUAUUGCUACUGAGUAUGCUCCUUAUGGGAACCUCCUUGACUUCUUACGGAAGAGUCGAGUUCUUGAGACAGACCCUGUAUUUGCCAAGGAGCAUAGGACGGCUUCCACACUAACCUCCCAACAAUUACUUCAGUUUGCCUCUGAUGUAGCAAAAGGAAUGCAGUACCUCAGCGAAAAACAGUUUAUUCACAGAGACCUGGCUGCCAGAAAUGUUCUUGUUGGGGAGAAUUUAGUGACAAAAAUUGCAGAUUUUGGACUUUCAAGAGGAGAGGAGGUGUACGUGAAAAAAACUAUGGGACGCCUGCCAGUUCGCUGGAUGGCCAUUGAAUCCCUUAACUACAGCGUCUAUACUACAAAAAGUGAUGUUUGGUCCUUUGGGGUUCUUCUCUGGGAGAUUGUAAGUUUAGGUGGAACCCCUUAUUGUGGAAUGACUUGUGCAGAACUGUAUGAGAAUCUUCCCCAGGGAUACAGAAUGGAGAAACCAAGGAACUGUGAUGAUGAAGUGUAUGAACUGAUGAAGCAAUGCUGGAGAGACCGUCCAUAUGAAAGACCUACUUUCAGUCAGAUAUCAAUACAUAUUACCCGCAUGCUAGAUGCCAGAAAGGCAUAUGUAAACAUGGCACUCUUUGAGAAUUUUACUUAUGCCGGAAUUGAUGCCACAGCGGAAGAAUAAUAAUCUACAAUAUGUGAAAAAUGAUGAGACAUAGACUGAAUCUUCACCCACUGUGUGGUGGAUUGUACAGCACAACAAAGCUGAUGGCAGGAUUCACAGGCUUUUGUUGUGAUCUUCCUAUAAAGUCACUUUACUAGGGCAAUGAACUCAGAAAGCAUGAACAUGUCAAUUCUAACAGCCCAUAUCUCUUUGUUUAUGUAAGCGUGUCUAUUAAAAGUGUGAGUGUCUGUAAGUGUGCGAUAAGCGUGUGUGGCUAUCCCUCCUGUACAGCUCAACACUGCCACAAACAACAAGGUUUAUAUUGUACAAACUCUUGAUUGGUCUUUUUUUUAACCCCUCCUCCCCCGCUCCUCAUGUACAGGCAUCAAGUACAUUUCAGCACUACGUAUUCAUUUUGUACUAAUUGUAUGAAUAAAGUGAAUUUCUUUUUGUA